AACUACGGUGAUUAAAAGAAAAUCAAAGUAAGAACUUUCUGAUUUACCGCUAAAUUUGAGCAUUUUCUUGGAAUACGAACAUUGCACAAUUUUAAGACUCCACAAGGUGUCUAUCCCCCUUAUCGCAGACUUUCCCACCAAUUUGUGAUAACAAGAUCUGUUUACAUAUGUACGUACAUGUGUACAUUUUGUUUGCGGCUUUUUUUGCGAUAAUUAAAACAAACACAUACGCACAUCGAGUGCUGAUUAACCUCUACGGCUUGGAGAGGGUCAGAUAAAAACGCAGUGCAAGUGGCACUCGCAAUCAUUCCACAGCUGCAGCCGGAUCCAAAAUGGUCAACGUCACGGAGGACGUAUUCGCCAACGGAGCGGUGAAUCCGUUCACCAAGUCAAAGGACACCAUCAAGCGGUUCACCCUGACAAACGGAGCAGGAAUGUCCGUGCAGUUGAUCACCCGUGGAGCCACCAUUACCAGCAUAAAGACGCCCGAUGCCAGCGGUCAAAUAGAUGACGUGACCCUCGGAUUUGAUGAUUUGGCGGGCUAUCAGAGCGAGAAGAAUCCGUACUUUGGAGCAACCAUUGGGCGGGUUUGCAACCGGAUUGCCAAUGGCAGCUUUUAUCUGGAUGGAAAGCUGGUGGAGGUGUCCAAGAACCGGGACAACAAGUUUCAACUUCAUGGCGGCUUUGUGGGCUUCGAUAAGGCUCACUGGGAAGUUGUGGAAGUACGUGGGGAUGGUGUUACUCUGUCCCACACCAAUCCGGAUGGACACGAAGGCUAUCCCGGCAAGGUGACAGCCACGGCAAGCUUUACUCUCAGCGAGGAUAACUGCCUCCAUGUCCAGAUGAGUGCAGUAGCAGAUAAAACCACUCCCGUAAAUCUCACCAAUCACUCCUAUUUCAACCUAGCUGGCCACAAAUCUGGAGCCAACGGUCUCUACGAGCACACCAUCGAGAUUAAUGCUUAUGGGAUUACUGAGACGGACCAAUCUUCCAUUCCCACGGGGCGGAUCACACCGGUGGAGGGAACAGGAUUUGAUUUACGUGUGUCCAGCAAUUUGGGAGAACGCCUCAAGGCGCUGCAACCAGCUCGCGGCUACGAUGACAACUUCUGUGUAACCUUCAGUCCACCGCAACCAUUGGCCAAGGUGGCCAGAGCCACUCAUCCGCCCAGCGGACGCUGGCUGGAGGUGGUCAGCAAUCAGCCCGGAGUGCAGUUUUACACCUCCAACUUUAUGCCGGAUGUGGAACGCGGUGAAUCGCCCAUUCCCGGCAAGGAUGGAGCUGCCUAUGCCAAGCAUGGUGCCUUCUGCCUGGAGACACAGAAGUUUCCCGACUCCGUGAACCACAGCAACUUUCCCUCGACCAUUUUGCGACCUGGCGAAAGUUACCAGCACGAAGUCAUCUACAAGUUUGGAGUUUCUCACUGAGUGAGAAUCUUAUCUUCGCCAUAUGUAUAUACGAAUAUGUACCAUGUAUCCGACUAACCAAGCAAUCCGUAAUUAUUAUAACCAAUAAACCAAAAGCACGCAGAUUAUGCAAAGAGGUUCGAA